UCUGGCACUCAGAACGAGAAAGAACAUAACCACUCAUACGGACUACUGCAUAAAUCCAAACACUGGAGAUGAGGCUUUUUUACUUUUACGCAUGCACCCAGCUUUAAUCGCUGAAGUUCUGUUUUUAUAUUUCUAUUUUAAACUGUUUCCCCACUUUGUUUAAUUUUAAGAACAUUUUCUUUUGAUUUGACUAUUUCUUUUGCAAUUUUGCACCUUCCUCCGUGUGGAUUGAUGGUGAAGAUUAUGCGGAUUCUAGCGCGCGUCCGUGCGCCGACGCAGCACUGGAGCCCCUGCUGAUCCUCGAGCCUCGAACCCUUAGCCGCACCACCACUGCCAACUCAUCCAAAUGAUCCCUCCAUCAUUCCUCAUCUUUCUCGUGUCACUUUUGCAACCAAGUGGCUCGGAGACUCAAACAAGUCAUGUCAGCAAGUUUCUCCCUCCAGGCGGCAAGGAACAAAACGGAGUGCAAGAGUCCCAUCAGGAGAAGGUGAUCACAGUGUCUGGCGAGGGGACGAUCCAUAGCCCGGACUUCCCACGCACAUAUCCCAGGAACAUCGUGUUGGUGUGGAGGCUGGUGGCGGCAAGUAACAUGAGGAUUCAGCUCACCUUUGAUGACAAGUUCGGCCUUGAAGAUCCCGAGGACGGGAUAUGCAAGUACGACUUUGUGGAACUGGAGGAUCCGAGCGACGGUAGCAUCCUGGGCCGCUGGUGCGGGUGGCAGGCGUCCCCUGCGGCCCAGCUCUCCAAAGGCAAUCAGCUUCGAGUCCGCUUCGUCUCUGACGAGUACUUCCCGUCCGAGCCGGGCUUCCUGAUCCGCUACGCCCUUCGGCCGGCGAUUCCAGCAGAUGGCGAGCCUCCAUCCCAGCAGGACCUUCAAGAUCUGUCGGCCGCUGUGUCGGGCCUGAGGACAGUGGAAGAGGUGAUGAAGUAUCUGGAGCCCGAGCGCUGGCAGCUGGACAUGGACGACUUGUACAAAGCUACGUGGCACGUGCUCGGGAAGUCAUUCAUCCAUAACAAGAAAAACAGAGGAGCUGACCUCAACCUGAUGUGGGAGGAAGCACAGCUUUACAGCUGCACGCCGCGGAACCUGUCCGUGUCCCUCCGCGAGGAGCUCAAGCGGACCGAUGCCAUUUUCUGGCCCAGCUGCCUCCUGGUGAGGCGCUGCGGCGGGAACUGCGCCUGCUGCGCCCACCGCUGCUACGACUGUCAGUGUCAGCCCGCCCGGGUCGUCAGGAAGUAUCACGAGGUUUUACUGCUAAAGCAUCGCAGCGGCAGCCGAGGCCUGCAGAAGCUCAUGACCGACGUGGCCUUAGAGCACCACGAGGAGUGCGCUUGUGUGUGCAAGGACGCCGAUAACCGCGACAAUAGCACACCCGCUGGACAUGUUUAACACCAAAUUAGACAAAGAGUUAAACCCAGAUUGGGACGGAUUCAAUCUUCCAGAAUGUCGUGGAAUAAAUACUGAGACUACAAAUUCCACCGCCGUUUAUCUGACGUGUUAGAAGACAACUUGAGAUAAGGAGUUGUCUAUUCUUCGCCUUUUUUUUUUUUUUUUUUGGGAGCUGAUAGCGUCACGGAAAAUGGGAGCUUGUUUUGCUCAAGUGCUUUCGCGCUAAGUGUUCAUUCAAAAGUAUUGGAACAGUGAGGACAAGCUCUGCAUUGAAGAUAUUUGGCUUUGCCGUCAAAACAAAUUCAAGCAUGCUCUUUAGGGUUUAAGUCUGAAGAGUGACCUGGCCUUUCUGAUAACUAAGUUACAUUUUGAUUUAAAAAAGAUUUUAACAAGAAAAUGCCUUUCUCUCACAUGGGUCACUUCCUGGAGACUUUCAGUUACUUCCUAUUCAUUUUGGGGCACUUUCACGACAUUUCCUUGUUAACUCAUUGACUGCCAUUGAUGGGACUUAAUGGCACUGAGUGAUAAGCAUUCACAUCCAGGCCAUCCAGUUUAAAGGAAAUGGAUGUCUAUUGUUGUCAAUGGCAGUCAGUGAGUUAAUUGUGGGUAGCUUCUUUGUUCAUUUUCGGGUACAGUUGUGUUCAAAAUGAUUCAACCCCCACAGUAGAUGAGUGUGUCAAAUGUCAAAUAGUAAAAUAGAACCGAAAUAACAAAAAUAUUUUGGGGACUAUUACAAUUUAUGGCCUUUCUGUGAUUACUUCAUUGACAAAAUUAUUCAACCCCUUAGGUACAGAGGUAAGAAAAAGAACCUAUGAACCUUCUGGAAUUUCUCAGAUUUCUGCAUAAAAUCAACAUCAAAUGUGAUAUGCUCUUUUUCAAAAUCACACAGAUGAAUAAACAGUGUCUGCUUUAACUAAAACCACCCAAACAUUUAUAGGUUUUCAUAUUUUAAUGAGGAUAGUAUUCAAACAAUGACAGAAGGGGGGAAAUAAGUAUGUGAACCAUCACAUUUAAUAUUUUGUGCCCCCCCUUUGGCAUUAAUAACUUCAACCAGACACUUCCUGGCCCAUUCGUCUCGACAAAACUGCUGUAGCUCAGUCAGAUUCCUGGGAUAUCUGGCAUGAAUCGCUGCCUUUAGGUCAUGCCGCAGCAUUUCAAUGGGGUUCAUAUCUGUACUUUUACUUGGCCACUCCAGAAGUGUGUAUUUUGUUCUUCUGAAACUAAGGCUGUCAAAAGUAUCUCGUUAAUGGACAUUAAUUUUUUUAAUCAAUCGCGUUAAAAUAUUUGACGCAAUUAACGCAUGAACGGAAUGACUCGUUCAUGCGUUGCCUCAGACAGAUUACAAUGACGCCGUUUCAGCACAUUGAGAGCGAAAAGGCACAGAAAUGCGAGUGGACACAAGCUUUCCUUGGACCACGCCUUUUAUUGGCUUAAACUUUGGCAGCCACUACUGACAGUCAUGGUUGCCCAACUUCCCAUCAUGCAUUUGGGCAGAGCAGGAGACGUUCUUUUUCUUGACAUGCCUAAUUGUACUCAACGCAGCACAUACUGUAUACCAUUUGCACCCACCACUGACAAUCAUAGUUGCCCAACUUCCCAUCAUGUAUUUGGGCGGAACAGUUAAGUCGCUAUAGUAUCAUUUAGUGAAUGCACAACAAAAAUAAUAUUCUUAUCUCUCAAAAAAAUAUAAAUUGUACUCAAAUUUAUCUUUUAAGAACUACAAGUCUUUCUAUCCGUGGAUCUCUUUAACAGAAAGAAUGUUAAUAAUGUUAAUGCCAUCUUGUGGAUUUAUUGUUAUAAUAAACAAAUACAGUACUUAUGUACAGUAUGUUGAAUGUUUAUGUCCGUCUUGUGUCUUCUUUCCAUUCCAACAAUAAUUUACAGAAAGAUAUGGCAUAUUUUAGAGACGGUUUGAAUUGCGAUUAAUUACGAUUAAUUUUUAAGCAGUCAUUAAUUCGAUUAAAAAUUUUAAUCGUUUGACAGCCCUAUCUGAAACCAUUCUGAAGUUGAUUUACUUCUGUGUUUUGGAUCGUUGUCUUGUUGCAGCAUCCAUCCUCUUAAUAAUUAAUAAUAAUUAUUAUUAAUUUUGUUAAUUAAUAAUUUUGUCAAUGAGGUAUUCACAGAAAGGCCAUUAAUUGGAAUAUUCCCAAAAAUAUUUUUGUUACUUUAGUUGUAUCUGUCUAUUUGACAUGCUAUUAUUUUGAUGUGAUUUCCAGGUCACUUCCUAUUGUUUUAGGAAUAUUUGGGGGGAUUCCCAGGUACAUUUUGGGUCAAUACUUGUUAAAUUCAUGGCAAUUCGAGGAAGUUUUUUGUGGGGGGUUCAAAAAUAAUGACCACCAAUGGAGAUUUCUUUGCAAGUUCGAGUUGAAAAUCAAUAAGAGUGAAAUGAUAUGGGGGGUGUCGGGGAGUUAUGGAAGUUAAAUGUGCCACUGGAAAUGAACGGGGCCUUUGAACAUCUUUUAGCAAUUUUUUGUCAAUUUCUGGCAAAAUUUCUGACCAACGCUGGCUGUUCACUUUUGUAUGCCUUGAUUUUUGUGGAUUUUUUUUUUUUUAAUUGUGAAUUAUGUGACUCAGACAAAAACUGUAAGACAAGUAGCAUUUUGAACAUUUGAAAUGUUUUUUCUAUUGGAAAUUAAUCAGGCUUUUUUGUUGUUGAAAAACCCACCUUUUCAGACACAACUGUAAAUUUAGGGGCAAAAUCUAUAUAUUUUUUCAUCACAAAAACUAUGCAACUAUGAAGUUUUGAUUUCACCAUAGCCUUUUUACAGAUUCUUAAAAAAAAAAAAAAAAAACCUAUAGCCGUUAUCUCGAACCCAACUCUGUUCAGUCUCCGGCAAUUGUAAAGAAUUUUUCUCAAUGUUCCAAUACUUUUUUGGGUGAGUGAUCACCUUCAAAACUCCCUUGUGUAUAAAUAUUUUCCUUUUUUCCCCUUACUGGGAUUAUUUCCUUCCAAAGAGACUGUGGGUGCUUCUAUUAUGCCUUCCAAUUAUUUAUUUCUAUGCCAAAAAAGACAUUCAAGAGCAAAACAUCCAAUGUUGUUGUACAGUAAGACUUUUCCUCUGUAUUUUUUAUGUGUUUUUCAUUCACUCAUGUUCAGUUAUUUAUCUAUUUUUUCCUUUCUCUUCAUCAACUGUUGUUCUAUUGUACUGAAAUUCUGAAAUAAAGCCUUUCAUUUCUUAUUGCG